CACGAUCUGAAGCAGACGCAACUUCGCACAACGCUCGAACAACAUGUGGCAGUUCAUAAGGUCACGAAUACUUACGGUGAUAAUCUUCAUAGGGGCUGCUCAUGGAAUACUGGUUGUGGGCCCCAAAUUCAUUCGGGCCAACCAGGAUUACACGGUUGUGAUCAGUAACUUCAACUCGAAUGUGAGCAAAGUGGACCUGAUGCUACAGAUGGAAGGCCGAUCCAACGAUGACAGAAGUGUGCUGAAUUUAACGAAGACGGUUGAUGUGCGACGAAACAUGAACAGGAUGAUCACUUUCAAUAUGCCUGCGGACUUAGUAGCUGGGAAUUACAAAAUCAUCGUCGACGGGCAACGUGGCUUUAGCUUUCAUAAGGAAGCCGAAUUGGUACACCUUAGCAAAACCAUAACCGGUUUAAUACAGAUCGAUAAGCCCGUGUACAAACCGGGCGAUACGGUAAAAUUUCGUGUGAUUGUGCUGGACUCUGAGCUGAAGCCUCCUGCACGGGUAAAAUCAAUUCAGGUGACAAUCCGUGAUCCUCAAACAAAUGAAAUCCGAAAGUGGUCGACGCCGUACGCCGGAGUGUUCGAGGGUGAUCUUCAGAUCGCGUCAACUCCAACGUUGGGAACCUGGCUCAUCUCGGCCCUGGUGGACGAGGAAGUAGUUGCAUCAAAAACGUUCAAGGUGAAGGAGUACGUGUUGUCCUCGUUUGACGUAGAGGUGAUACCGUCCGUCGUUCCUCUGGAGAAGGAUCAAGGAUUGACUCUGACGAUAGAUGCUAACUACCACUUUGGCAAACCGGUAAAGGGAAUUGCUAAGUUUAAGGUGUACUUGAUAAACGGUAUCCUGGACCGGGAGAGUGUGUUUGAAGUGUAUGGGAAGAUGCAGGUGCAGCUACAAUUCAAGGAUUACUUCGAAGUGCAUGAAGAUCGGCAAGAUGUGCUCGUAAAGACGACAUUCAUCGAGCAUGCUACAAAUCGCACUGUCGUGAAGCAAUCCGACAUCACGGUGUACAAAUACAAGUACGGUGUGGAAUUGAUUAAGGAUAGUCCACAAUUUCGCCCAGGGCUUCCCUUUAAGUGUGCACUUCAGUUCCGAUACCACGACGGAACACCUGCUAAAGGUAUCACCGGGAAGGUGGAAGUAAAGGAAAUUGGUUACGAAACAACUGCCACUAGUGACGACGAGGGUUUGAUCAAACUAGAGCUCAAUCCAAGUGACAAUGUAGACGACAUGAACAUUAACUUUUCGGACGAUGACAUCGGAUUUUUCUUCGAAGAAAGAGUGGAAAAAGUGGACGUCGUGACGAAUGCGUACCUCAAAUUGGAACUCAAGUCUCCUGUUAAAUUGAACCAAAUAGUUAGACUGUUGGUGACGUGCAACGAACGCAUGUCAUUCUUCGUGUUCUACGUAGUGUCGAAGGGCAAUAUCAUUGAUUCCGGUUUCAUAGGACCAAACAAUCAGAAAAAAUAUUUUUUGCAGUUGAACGCCACGGAAAUGAUGAUACCCAAAUCAAAAAUAAUAGUUGCGACAAUAAUUUACAGUACGGUAGUGUACGACUUAGUGGACAUUGAUUUUAAAAGUUUUCGUAACGAUAUUUCGCUGAGUAUAGAUGAAAUGGAGGUAAAGCCUGGACAUCAAAUUGAACUUCGCAUAUCUGGACAAGCUGGAGCGUACGUGGGAUUGGCUGCCUACGCAAAAACUUUACAGCACUACAAAACGAACCAUGAUCCGUUCUGGGAGGACGCUAUGCAAGUUUUUGAAGGGUUUCAUGAGGUCAUUGAGGAUAAAUUGGAAAUGUUUCAUAGCACAGGACUGUUCGGUAUGAUACCAGAUGACAUAAUGAUUCCUGUAACCCACAAUAAGUCAGCACGAAAUGGCAGGUCGAUAAGCAAUCCGACCUUCAAGCUAUUCUCAUAUCGGACGCACUUUCCGGAAUCGUGGCUAUGGCAGAAUGUGACCAUUGGCAGGUCCGGAACGCGCACGUUAAUCGAGUCAGUACCAGAUACGAUCACCUCCUGGUACUUGACGGCAUUCUCCAUUGAUCCGGUGCACGGCUUUGGUAUUAUUAAAAAACCGAUCCAGUUCACAACGAUCCAGCCAUUCUACAUCGUGGAGAGUCUACCGUACUCCAUCAAACGAGGCGAAGCGGUUGAGUUGGUGUUUACAUUAUUUAACAAUCUUGGAGGAGAGUACAUUGCGGACGUGACACUAUUCAAUGUGGCCAAUCAGACGGAGUUCGUAGGACGACCGGUGGAAGAUAAAAGCUAUACCAAAUCCGUACUGGUUCCUCCGAAAAUUGGUGUACCGGUCUCAUUUCUGGUAACGGCACGAAAGCUCGGCGAGAUGACGGUACGGAUUGAGGCAAAGAUUAACAUGAACCAAGAAUCGGACGCCCUGGAAAAGGUGAUCCGAGUUAUGCCAGAAAGUUUGGUACAGUCAAAGAUGGAAACCCGGUUCUUCUGCUUUGAUACAUACACAAAACGAACGUUCUUGAUGAAUUUAUACAUCAACUCGCAGGCCAAUAGUGGUUCUACAAAGAUCAAGUUCCGUCUGAAUCCUAAUUUGGCUACAACUGUAUUAAAUAACUUGAAUUAUCUGCUUGCCGAUCCGACCGGUAAUGCGGAGGAUAAUAUGGUGAAGUUUGUUCCAAACAUAAUGGUACUCGACUACUUGCAUGCUAUUGGUUCGAAGGAUCAGGAUCUGAUUAAUGAUGCAACGUAUCUGUCUCAAGAAGGCUAUCGAAAUCAGAUGCGCUAUCGUCAGACUGACGGUUCGUUUGGUGUGUGGCAAUAUGGUGGCAGCGUGUUCCUAACCGCCUUCGUUGCAAAGUCGAUGCAAGCAGCGUCCAAGUACAUAAGUGAAAUUGACACAGCUAAGGUCGAGAUGGCGUACGAUUGGCUUGCCUCAAAGCAGUAUUAUACGGGUGGGUUCGAUGAGGUCGGUUUCGUAUUGUACAAAGAUAUGCAAGGUGGUUUGCGCAACGGAAUUUCACUGACAUCGUACGUGGUGACUGCACUGCUAGAAAAUGAAAACGCCAAAGUGAAGCACGCGGUUGUGAUUCAAAAGGCAAUGAACUAUUUAAGCAGGCAGGUGAAAUACAUAGAAUAUUCCUACGAUUUGUCCCUAGUGACCUAUGCGUUGAUGUUGAAUGGGCACAGCAUGAAAGAUGCAGCAUUGCAAAAGCUCUUAGACAAGUCUACUGCCACGAAUAACGGCACGGAACGGUACUGGACGACAAAUAGCAUCGAGACUACCGCUUAUGCUUUGCUGUCCAUUGUUUUAGCAGAAAAGUAUUUGGACGGUAUACCGGUGAUGCGCUGGUUGGUGAACCAACGCUACGUUACCGGAAGCUUCCCGCGCACUCAAGACACCUUCGUGGGACUGAAGGCACUGACAAAGUUGGCGGAAAAAAUCUCUUCCUCACGAAACAACUACACUUUACAGUUGAAAUUCAGGAACGCUUCGAGACAUUUCCACAUAAACUCACAAAACAACAACAUCAUACAUAUCAAGAACCUACCGGAAGACACAAGGUCUAUGGAGAUCAACGUUGAAGGUAUUGGAGCAGGAUUGCUAAAGAUGGAAUAUCAGUACAGUUUAAAUCUCGUAAACUCCGAGAACGGAUUCAAGUUGGUUCUUGAGAAACAGAACACGCGCUUCGACUACGAACUGCGCCUGAAGGUGUGUGCUAGUUUCAUCCCCAAAGCAUCAAUCAGUCAUUCGAACAUGACACUGAUUGAGGUCAACUUUCCUGGCGGGUACAUUGUCGAUCGGAAUUCGAUCUACCGAGCCUACUUCGAGCCUACUUCACAGCGGAAUCCGAUGCAGGAUGUUGACAUUAGACAUAAUGGCACAGCCGUUGUUGUGUAUUACCACAGUAUGGGUGACGAAUGGACCUGUUUCACCGCGACGGCUUACAGACAAGGCUAUAAAUCUAAGAAGCGUACAGCGUAUGUGAUCGUUUCUGACUAUUACAACCCAAAUUUUUAUACCGUUCAACUGUUCAACGUGAGCGCAUAAUUAAGCUCUUGGGAUUGAAAAUGCUGUAAUAGAUGGCAUAAACCGUGCAAUUUUGAUCGUUCGUAUCUUACACGUGUUGCUGGAAGUGCCCAUCAGAGCAUGCUGAAAGGAUGUUUAGUGAAAGGGAGUGGAAACCAAUCAAGGAUUAAACAUGGAGAAGAACCCCGUCAGAACUCACAUUUUCAAACCGGAGUCGUCUGCUACGCGCAAGUGUUCAGAGCAAGUACAGAGCGCUAGUACAUGUGAACUCAACUAACAAAGUCGCUGUCCAUACUGAAAAUAACAGAAGGAAACGAAAUAUUUUAUGAUUCAUUUCUAUUCAUUUAAUCAUUGUACGCAUCUAUUCAUUUAAUUUCCAUAAAAAACCGUACCGAAUUACCGAACAAAUACGUUUUUUUUGGGUGAUUCUCUAUAAUGGUACAAUGUGGCGUCAUAAGCAUCUGUUGCUUACGCGAGGUGUCUAUGCGCGACGUUGCUUUGAGGAUGAAACUGGCAACGAUCUCAUUAUA